AUGGCAGCCUGGCGGGUGGCCUUGGGCUCUUCCUACCCCAGUCCACUCCCCUUUGCCCCCCCGCAGACUCCCUCCUUAGGGCGGGACGAAGGUGGCACUGGCACGAAGGUGGCAGUGGAUCCACGUCCAGUGACGAGAACACACCACUUCCAGACUCUUCACCUCCCAGGAACCUCCGUGCGCCGCGCGGGGCCGCCCCCAGGCGUGACCUUACCCGUGCUCUGUCCCUGCAGAAUCUCCUACGACCCGGCGAGGUACCCCCGGUACCUGCCCGAAGCCUACUGCCUGUGCCGGGGCUGCCUGACCGGGCUGUUCGGCGAGGAGGACGUGCGCUUCCGCAGCGCCCCAGUCUACAUGCCCACCGUGGUGCUGCGCCGCACCCCCGCCUGCGCCGGCGGCCGUUCCGUCUACACCGAGGCCUACGUCACCAUCCCGGUGGGCUGCACCUGCGUCCCCGAGCCGGAGAAGGACGCAGAGAGCAUCAACUCCAGCAUCGACAAACAGGGCCCCAAGCUCCUGCUGGGCCCCAAUGACGCGCCCGCUGGCCCCUGA